UUAUAUUAACAACAAUGAAAGUAUCUGUUGUUUGAGUGAUUUUGCAGCCCAUUGGCAGUUUCAAAUAUUUCGAGCACAUGAGUUUCAUUAGAUUGCGGAAUUUUCUUAAGAAACAAUCGUUCAUAAAAUAAAUUAGAUAGUAAUCUCAGUUUUCCACAUACAUAGGUACAUUGUUAAUAAAUAUGGAUUUUUAGAUAUUAAAUUAAUUUCAUGGAAAUUUUAAAAAGUGAAUUAUGAUUUAAAUAGUAAGCUUCUUGAUGCAUUUCGUCGAAUCUGAAUAUAUCGUCCAUUUCUAAAUAUUUUAGCGAAAGUUUUGACUUGUGAUUAAGAUGGGGGCACAGAAAAGUUAUAUUCUGUUUUUAUUUUCCAACGUGUUUCAUUUAAUCCUUUUUAUGGAGUGUAGCAGUGAUAAAGUGAAUUUUGAAUACGAAUAUCGUAUGCCAGUUGAAAAAAGAAUAAGACGUUCAUUGACAACUAUUUGCGUUGAAAUAAAACCUAGUCACCCACAAGAGGAACCGUAUCUAAUGUGUAAAGGUGGACAACUUCCUGGUUUUGAACAGCGAGUUCCAUAUAAUAAAAACAAUAUUUACGUAAGCAACGAUCAUAAUAUUAUAUCCACACAGGAAAGAAAUUAUGUUCCACGACAGCCGUUUCCUUACAUUCAAAAUUUAAAAUCAAAUGAAAAUUCUUGGUCGAAAGAAGGAGAGAAUUAUCAAAAUACAUAUUUAUCUAACCGAAAUCCUUAUCAACACUCCACUUUCGACGCUUUUAAGUUUAGUAAUGGAUAUACCCAACCAACCCAUUUUAAUUCAGAUACCACUACAUCUCGCUUAAAUUCUGAUCGGUCUAAUCAGAGAUUUUCAACAUCAUUGCCACCCAUAUUAAGCAGCGUUGUGUACAGGGAGAACAAUGAAACGCCGUCAAGUUAUCAUAAUUCUAACAAGGAAUAUUUGGAAACGGAAAAUGCAAACAACGGCGCUAUUGCACAACCAUAUGGUCAUGAUCAAACCAGUAAUGAACAUUUCAAUAGCUAUGAUACGCAGAGUGUUGAGUCUGAAAGAUGGAAUUUAAGUCAAAACACUGACAAUCCAGCUGAUCCUUUACAACAUUCAGAGAUUAAAACCGCGUUCCUAUCCGGUGUAAAACAACUAUCAGUAGUCAAUGACGCUAUUCAAAACCCAGUUAGAUCGAGAGAUAAUCAGUAUGAAUGGGAUAGAAAAAAAUCUUUUGAAAAUGGACUGGAACUGAAUAACUUUUCGCAAUCAUAUAGAGAAAAACAAAUAUUUAAUAAAUUUAACACAUUGCCUUUUGGUGACGAUCCUGUUAUGCAGCAAUUUUAUAAUUCAUUAUAUGACACGCCAGUGCAACCAAUUAUACAUCUAGAUGCAGCUGAAGCAGAUAGAGAUCUUAAUACAUUACGAAGUCAGAGUAUGCAGGAGGACCAGUGUGAUGACUUCCGGAAAGAAGCAAGAGCUGUAUCAGAAGCACCUUCGAAUCAAUAUUGUAAUGCAUGUCCACCUGAAAUGGGAUACACUUUACCUCCUAUAAUUAUAACUCUUCCUUGUUAUAAUCCUUCGGAUUCGUUGCCUUGUUAUAGGUCUGUACCACCAAACUACAAUAGUCUGCGUCAUGAAAACUUUGUUCCCCAAAACCAAUAUUUGAAACACCUGGAACCAACAGAAUUAGCCGGAUCGUCUUAUAAUCCAUUAGUUACAAUUUUUCAACCAAAACUACUUUCUCAUUUUGGUCUGAUACCGCGAUUAGGUGGCUUACUAGGUUCAGCGCGUACAAUAUUGCCAACGCUACAUGUCCCACAAGGGAUAUUUCGAGGUGCAACACCCAUACCAGGAACAUCGCAACCAAAUACAUUAGCUCCCCAGCCCAUAUCGAUGGAGGUCCCACCAACUAUGUAUCCUAAUGAUUUAGGUCCACAUAUUGGGGACGCUAUCGUAGCAGCACAACUGGAUAACAACCAAACAACAAUAUUACCUACGCCUACUGCUGUUGUUCCUUCUGUCGGGCCUUCAACAACAAUAAAAUCAACUGAGGAUUUAGAAAAUUCUACGGAAGAUAGUUCCGUAUUACAAAAUCAAAGUCAAGUUGGAAAUUUUACAACAAUUAAACCUAUUGCGAUAACACGAGCUUCGACUAUAACCGACAAUGGGAACCAAGCUGGCGAGGAGUCGACUAAAAAAAUGUUGACAAUCAUUGAAAAGGCUCGACGCCUACAAAUGAGGCACAGACUUAAUUCGAAUUGAAAUUAUGUUUUUUGUUUUUCAAAUAAUUAGUGUAUUAGAUAUUUUUGAAUUGCAUUUUUUUAUAUGUAUUUAAUUUCUAUGCCAAUAAAUAAAUAAAAUAAAAUAAAAAGAA